CUUUUGGGAACAAUGAGAGGUGACGUUGAUCGCGGUAUCAUCGACCAUAAAAAACAGAACGGUAACCGCAAAAGCUAGCGUUCCACACAAAGCCUUGUUGAAGGAAACGUGCAUUUGCCUCGAAAUGAAUAAAUUGUCAGUGAGGGGCACAAUCUUGGUACUGAAAGCGAAAAGGAGAGAGCCUUCAUCAAGUUGAAAAGGGAAGUCGCGCCCCCUUACUUUAUCUGAAAUCAGUGUGUGCUCACGUCCACCCGGACAUUCAUUCCUCCCUGUUGCCCUUAAUUCACCUUGGCAAGGACGGAACAGCACCUUCGCUUCUUCUUGUUUUCCCGGUGGGAUAUGGGCUUGAGUCCUGGCGGCGAUGUUUGGAGCUGUGAAGAAGGACCCUCACUACCAGCCCACGAUGUUCAAACAAGUGAUGCUGUUUCCGAGGAAGUUGAUUCCGAUACUGUCGUUUCUUACUCUUGGAUUCAUCGUCUGGUUCAAGCCUCUGCUGCCUGUUCCGACUAUAGGUUGGAGUUCUGUACUGGAAUCUGGACUUGCCCAGAUAUUGCUAGGGCAAGAUACCGGGAAGCAAAAGGCUAUUGUGGCACCAGAGCACGACGACCCUCAGACGAAUUCAAGACCAAUGAUGAAUAAUCCAUUCCAGCCCGGGAUGGUCAAACCCGUUGGAAUGCCGUAUACAAAGACGCUGGUCACCCCGCGGACUUCGAGCGAGGAUGUCUCGUGGAUUAGGGAAAACUUUGGUGGAAGCGAUUUUAUCAAGGCGGCAAUAUAUACUGUAGAUGACGUGAAUGCGGAAUUACAUCCACCGAAGAACAAAGGACAUGAAGUUAUGGUAUACCUUACAUACAUCAUCGAUCAUUUCCACAAUCUUUCCGAUAUCAACAUCUUCAUGCAUUCUCACAGGUUCGCCUGGCACAACAACGAACUCCUCGAUAGCGAUUCGGUCCAGAUGAUUUCAAGGCUCUCGGCAGAGCGAGUCCAACGAGAAGGCUUCAUGAAUAUGCGUUGUAGCUGGGGGCCUGGUUGCCCAUCUUGGAUGCAUCCCGGGAAUGUGGAAGAGGAUAUCAACAAGCAGGAAGAAACAGUGCUGGCGAAGUCGUGGUCCGAACUCUUCCCCCUCGAUCCUGUACCGAAUGUGUUAGCUCAACCAUGUUGUGCUCAAUUUGCUAUAUCGAGAGAUAGGAUUCAAAGUUUACCGUUGGCAAGGUACGUAUUUUACCGAGAUUGGCUGUCGAAGACAAGCUUGUCAGAUGAUAUUAGUGGGAGAGUGUGGGAGUAUGUCUGGCAGUUUGUGUUUACGGGAAAGCCAAUUGUAUGUCCAGCAGAGCAUGUGUGCUAUUGCGAUGGGUUUGGAGUCUGUUUUGGAGGAGCAGAGAAGUACGAGGAGUUCCGUGCCAUGGAAAAAGAGCGAUCAAUGUUACAGGAAGAGGAGAAUGGCCACCGCGCGUUGUCUCAGAAGUGGGAAAGCACCCCGGAGCUCCUCACGGAUGAGGAAAAGGCCCAGGGUCGACCUGACGUAGAGAAAGGCCGCCAGCUCCAAGAGAAGAUCAAUGAGUUAGUAGCUUGGUGUGAUAAGAAGAAGCAGGAAGCGAAAGAACAGGGAGACGUGGCUAUGUAUCGAGCGAGGGAAGCAGGUAGGGAGUGGAGUCCAGGGGAUGGGUUCUGA